UGUCAGUUGAGUCAUCGGCGUGUACAGACUGUGUCGCUCCCUCUUCUCUCCGUCAUUUUCCAUUGUGUGUGAAAUAAAGUGGAAUAAAUGAGCUAACAUGAUAAGGAUCAAACCAGUGGAUGUGUGUUAACGUACAGCCAAGUCUUGCAGAAUGCUUUCCCAUCGUCUUACCCGAUGAAAUACGAGCGAUGGAGUGAAUAAUCCCGUGAAAGUUUCGCUGGCCACACGAAAAGGUGCUCGCAGUGGUUGGUGGCUUGACCCCUAAAAGAAAAAAAAAGUAAAAAGAAAAAUAAUAGUAAAAAAAGUUUUCGUUUCCUUCGAAUGUGAUUUUGUUGAGCGAGAUUAUUCGAGAUUAUUAUUCUGUCGUUUUGAAAAGCAAAAAAAAAAGUGAGAGUAAUUUUGAAAAUAUAAAAAAGGAAAGAAAAAGGGUUGCGCUGUAUUAUACAAAUGAGAUAAAAGUGAAAAAGUGAGUUCAAUAUUUUUUCCCAUAGAAGAAGGUAUUUGGUAUAAGAGGAUUGUUUGUCUGGAUUGUACUCUUUGGAUAUCGCCUCCUACAACCACCUACUACAACAACCACGACCCCACAGGUUCUACCAUGUAUGAUAGGUUAUGUUAUUAACUUAAGGUGGUAGGCCUCAUGAAGGGUGUGGUGAGCGGCGGGGGCAUCAGCGAGGGGCGGUGCCCCCAGGCUGCUCCCCAUAGGACCAAGAGCUCCCCCAGGCAAGCUCGCCUUGGUGGUAGCCGAACGCACCCACUCCUGCUAGGGCCCCUGCUCAUCGGCCUGCUUCUGCUGGCAGCCUUUGCACGCGCUGAACAAGUGGGUGGAGGAGAGCUUCACGCAGUUCGAGAACGGCAUCAACUGGAGGUCGUACGUCGUGUGCGACGUGGCCUAUAACAAUGUCAACAACUGGCUGUGGACGCCCUUCAUCGAGAGAGGACCCGCCAACAGGAUAUACAUCGAAGUGCAGUUCUCCAUGAGGGACUGCUCCCUCUUCCCCGGCACGGCGCUCUCAUGUAAAGAGACGUUCUCCCUGCUGUACUACGAGUUCGACGCCGCCACGAAGGAACCGCCCUUCUGGGAGCCCGAGAGCUACAAGCUGAUCGACCGCAUCGCUGCUGACGAAGGGCGCUUCACCAACUCGGCGGACAUCAUCAUCAACGUGGAGGUCCGCUCCAUCCCCGUCACCAAGAAGGGCGUCUACUUCGCCUUCCGCGACCAGGGCGCCUGCAUAUCGCUCCUGGCCAUCAAGGUAUACUACAUUACGUGUCCGGAGAUCACCAAGUCCUUCGCCCACUUCCCCACCACGCCCACGGGAGCCGAAGUGACGAGCAUCGAGCAGGCUACGGGCGUCUGCGUGGCACACGCCCGCGAGGAAUCCUCGCCGUCCUUCCUCUGCACGGGAGAUGGACAGUGGUCCCUCCUGAGCGGCGGCUGCGCCUGUUUACCUGGGUACCAAGCCUCCGUGGCCAAGCAGACCUGCGAUGUGUGCCCUCCUGGAAACUACAAAGAUGAAGUUGGGGAGUUUGAUUGCCGUCCCUGCCCAAACAACAGUGCAGCGCCUCACGCAGGAGCGUCAGAGUGCAGAUGUAAUACUGGGUAUUACAGAGCUCCCAAGGAUCCGCGGGCCAUGCCCUGCACUCGGCCACCCAGCAAACCUCAAAACAUCACGGUCAAUUUUUUUGACCAGUCCACAGUAAUUCUAGCAUGGCAGGCACCAUUGAAUGAUGGAGGUCGAACAGAUACGGUGUACAGGGUCAUCUGCGAUGCAUGUGGACCUCAUGUAACCUACAAUCCCCAGCAAAUGGCUGAACGGAGUUUUAAUGCAACCCAAGUUACCAUCAGUGGCUUGAAUCCUGUAACAACGUACAGAUUCCAAGUAUUUGCUGAGAAUGGGGUGUCAGAUCAGGCAAGAGAUCCCCAGUAUGUCGACAUCUCUGUUACAACGGAAGCAUCAGGUGGCUUUAUGGUGAUUGACUCCGAUGUCGAGGUGCCCUCCAUGGUGAGCAAUGUCCAUGUAACAAGUGUGAAGAGCACAGAGAUUUCACUAGCAUGGGAUGCCCCUUCAGAUCCCCUGUCUGAAAUUGAGAUGUAUGAGGUGCGGUAUUAUGUCAAAGGAAUGGAGAGCAAUUCAUCUAGUGUCCUUACAAAAAAGGAAGAGUCAUCCAUUGGAUCAUUACGCCAGAGAACAGAUUAUGGUUUUCAAGUUCGUGCAAAGACAACACAUGGAUGGGGUGAUUACUCUCAACCAAUAUACAAGAAAACUGCUAAACUUUUGGGAACAGCAUAUGUGGGCAACGAGGACAACACUCAAGUUCGCAUCAUUGUUGGCGCAACUGUUGGAGCAUUUGUAGUUAUUGCAGUCAUUGUCAUAAUGACCUUGUUAUUCCUGAGAAGCAGAGGCACCGAUGAAUGUAAUAAGAAGCAACCAUCAGACUGCGACACUCUGGAGUACCGCAAUGGUGAAGAAAUCAAAGACCAACUUAACAACCUAACAGAGACCACCAACUUGUGCCAUCCUGCGUUACACCCUGCCUGCUUUAGAACUGGGAAUCUCACCCCGUGGACCCUAAACACAUCUCCUGUGUACAUGCACGGUGUAUUGGAAAACCCACCUAUAGUCCAAACCCACACCACAGGAAGUAUGACAACUCCUCUUUUCACUCAAGUUGGGCAUCACAGAACUUACAUUGACCCACAUACUUACGAGGACCCAAACCAAGCUAUUAGAGAAUUUGCGAGAGAAAUCGAUGCUUCUUAUAUCACAAUUGAAGCAAUCAUCGGCGGGGGUGAAUUUGGUGAUGUUUGUAAAGGCAGCUUACAAUUGCCCAGCCGACCAGAGAUGACUGUAGCUAUCAAAACCCUCAAGCCUGGAUCACCUGAAAAGGCCCGAGUUGAUUUUCUCACAGAAGCCUCUAUUAUGGGCCAGUUUGAGCAUCCAAAUGUAAUCUUCCUGCAAGGUGUCGUUACAAAAAGUAAUCCUGUAAUGAUUAUCACAGAAUACAUGGAAAAUGGAUCUCUUGAUCAGUUCCUUCGGGUCAAUGAUGGCAAGUUCCAGGUUCUUCAGCUUGUAGGUAUGCUGCGCUGUAUUGCCUCAGGGAUGCAGUACUUGAGUGAGAUGAACUAUGUCCAUCGGGAUCUUGCUGCCCGUAAUGUAUUGGUCAAUGCACAGCUUAUUUGCAAGAUUGCAGAUUUUGGAUUAUCAAGAGAAAUUGAAAGUCACACUGAAGGAGCUUAUACUACUAGGGGAGGAAAGAUACCAGUGCGAUGGACUGCCCCAGAAGCCAUCGCAUUCCGUAAAUUCACAAGUGCAUCUGAUGUUUGGAGUCUAGGGAUUGUUAUGUGGGAGGUAAUGAGUUACGGGGAAAGACCGUAUUGGAACUGGAGCAAUCAAGAUGUUAUAAAAAGUAUUGAAAAGGGAUAUCGUUUGCCAGCUCCAAUGGAAUGUCCUGAGGCCAUAUAUCAACUAAUGUUGGAUUGCUGGCAAAAAGAGCGGAAUCAUCGUCCUAAUUUUGCUGCAAUUGUGCGGACUUUGGAUAGACUGAUUCGCACUCCUGAGGCACUCAACAAAGUAGCUCAGAACAGGUGUACAACAGCACUGGGCUUGGAUUCAGUAGACAUGACCCAGCUAACCUCAGUAGAAGAUUGGUUAGCUUCACUCAAGAUGAGUCGUUAUGUAGAAAACUUCCAGCGGGCAGGGCUUGCUGAUCUUGAAGCUGUGGCUCGUCUAACUCAGCAUGACUUGAAUCAGCUGGGAAUAACGUUAGUUGGUCAUCAGAAGAAAAUUCUCCAGAGUAUACACACCAUGCGCACACAGCUGGCCGUCAACAUGUCUGAGGGCUUCCUAGUAUAGUGCCACUACUCUAGCCGAUGCCAACAGUUGGCACUUUGCUAGGGUUUAGUAGUCAGGUGGGCUAAAUGCCAGGUCCAGAAUGCAUGUGAUGUCCACUGGCACAUCAGUUUGGGCCUGAAUUCCAUCGUCUACGUGAAAAUGUGAUAAUGAUUGAGGGAAAGACAAAAAUUGUGUUCAGGAUAUGGGUUAGAGUGCAUUUUUAUGUUACUUAAAUGAACAGUUUGAAAAUUAUCCAUCUUCAAAGUAAUUUUUUUUUCAAUAGCUCAAAUUUGCCCUUAAUCCUAGAAUGCAAAGUAAGUGUAGGGGAAGCACGCUUCUGAACAGACAGUGACUGUUUUCCUUGGAAAGUGACCCUAACCCCUCCCAUUCUUGUGAUAUUUUCAUGGCCAAUGAUGUGUUGGAGACAAAACUGUGGUACGCAUGUGUGUGGUCUGUAGAUGGAAUAAACAGCUGUGAUCAACUCUGUAUAGAGAAAGAGAGUUGGUGAGCUUUCUUGUCACGUCCACGCAUUGUACACCACUCCUGAGGUUUGACCCCUUAGUGUAAUUGUUGAUAUUCCAUUUGCUGCCAGACCUUAUUCUGCCAAAGUCUAGUAUUGGUGUUGUCCUUUCUAAAACCCUUUGAUGAAACUCUUGGAGACUGUUUCCCCAUUUUAAGCUUCUGCCAGCGUCUCACUUUCCACUGAGAGAUUGAGUUUUGCCUAUUUUUGGUGAACUGCAGUGUCAUGUGUGUGUGUGUGUUAAAGUUGCCCAUGCACACAGACUGGAAAUUACUUUUAGAUGAACAUAGAAAAGUUCUUUGCAAAAGAUAAAAGUCAAAUAACUUCAAGACUGAAGAGUUUGCCAGCCAUAAAGGAACUGGAAAGACUGUAGACCAGGAAACGGCCAAGAGAAGAGAGAACCUCCCUCCUGACGCACAUAUCACUUACCCUUCAUAUAAACAUCCGGCCAUUCCCCACUCCCUUUCCUCCCUCCCUCCCUCCCGCAGGACCCAGCUGUUGUAGUCACAAAGCCUUGUUGUUGCUCGAGUCAGAUGGCGCAGUGCUGGUAAAUGGCUGGGUGUUACUGUUAUAGAAUAUAAAAAUUUAAAAUUAUCAUUGUAGGUAUAUAGAGAAAACUAUUUACUCAUACACUCAUGUAGUAUUCAGUGAUCAUCUUGAGGUCACUGUGUGAUUACAUAUAUGAAGGAGUAAAUAGAGAUGAAUACCCAAUCAUUGGCUAACAAAGCAAGUCUGACUUGAUUAUAAUACCUUUUCAGUGUCUGUCCAGUCAUCCCAUGGUGUCCUGCACUGUACUACUCCUUUUUGCACAGGUUAUAAUUUAUUUAACAGUACUUGUAACUUUGGCUAUAUCACACCAUUACUUAUUAUGGGUUACACAGUACAAUAUUCCAAGUUGCUGUAAAAGUAGUCUUAUUUAGCCACAAGAUUAAUGAUUCCUUUGAUGUAGCUGCAGACUUAUUUACCGUUAAUUUUAUCAUUUUAAACCUCCACAUAAUUUGUGUAGUAAAUAUCAAUUGCAUGUUUGUGUAUAUCUUGUGUGAUGGUGUUAGCAAAAAGCCUGUGUUUUGGGAACAUGUGUGAUGACUAGAUAAUCAAAAUUUUCGUAGGUAUUAUUUAGUAUUUAGAAGUUUCUACAAAAGCACCAAGCAAUACAACAAAUGAGAGAUAUGUAAACUUCCUGUCUUGUUACUACAAAGCAAUGAGUAACAAUCAAAAAACAUCCUUGACUGUGUAGGUAGGUAUUUUCAUACGUCAUACUUCAUAAUAAUAGGAAAAAGCUUAGAAUUUAAGUCCCAAAGAUGAUGAUGAAGGAGGAAGGAAGGAGCGAGUAUUCCUAGGGAAGUUCCGUGUGUGAUAAUUUUGGAUUCUUGUAUUUUGGAAAGGGGAGGGAGAUGAUGUGGCAAAGUGGUCCACACCCAUUUUGCCAGAGUGGGCCACUGGUCUUCACAUUCCAAACCCUCUCAGUUAUGGUUCCUUGUCAGGGUGUUUGCCACUAGAAUUGUUCCUAUUAAGAUGUAAUUCAGCUUGCAUAAAGAUUUUAGCCAAUCAUUUUUAGUAGCUUCCAAAAAGUGGUCUUCUAUUUGCAGUUGAGUUGCUGCAUAUUUUGUGAACAGUAUUUGUAGUCGUUUGCUUUGAGUCCUUUGGUUACAGGGAAUUUUUACGUUCUGAUGAAGCCUCAGGGCGACCACUUUCACUGCCUCAUCGACAGUUCCGAGAAUCAAGCAAUCGUCCAGGGCAGCGUAGUGGGAGCAUUAGGUCUUUCUGGAGGAAGGCUGUGUAUAUGGGGGCCGAGAGAGUGAGAAUAUUUAGUGAGCUGUUGACAGUUUUUGCUGAUAUUGCUAGAUUCAGUGCUCGGAGCAAAGUUUUUAGUUUUUUCCAUAUUGGGUGAUUAUGGCAUUAUUUUCCAGUAUAAUGGUAAGGUUUGGUUGAUCAAAUCAACGUUAGAUCAAUGUUGACAGCUCAAGCCUUCCCCUUCUUAAGUCCAAAUGCUAUCACAGCUGUUGUUUUGCUUUGUGGCGAAUUUCCUGACAAACCUCAAGAGACGUGUGUCUUAUUUUCUUACUGAUGUAGUCUUGCAAUUACUUUAUAUGUCUUCUAUUACCAUAACUCAUAAUCUGCGGCAUAUUCUCCAUUAUCUUCCCAAAUCUUGGGAAAACAAAGAUGCUGUAUAUAAUUAUAUACAGCAAGACAGUUCUAUACACAAACAUACUCUUCGCAACCUUGGUGUAAACUGUUGAGAAGGCAAAAUCAAAAUUUAUUUCAUUCACUGAUAUUUUAACGAUAAAAAGGGAGGUUUUGAAGUUCUGUCUUUCUCUUUAGUUUACUCGUGAAAGUCACACAGAAAUCUGUAAUGCCUUGAGCACGGAGGACAGCAUAGUGUAAUUGUUUUAUAUAAUUUUUAUUUAUUGAGCUGAUGCAUUGCUAGAAGAGCAUAUGUUGUGUACUAUAAUGUUGUAUAAAGUUUGUAAAAUAGUCAAAUAUUUUAUAUUUUUAGUUGGUAAGGUACAAGAUCUCCAAUUUUGAACUCUUUAAUUGUUCGAACAUGGAAUGUGAUUUGUUUUUAGUUUGCUGAAGAAAUGGAGGUGCCAAUGUGUGCAUCAGUGUCUGUGAAGUGAGGGAACUUUGGGGGUUUAGGCUUAAAUAAAUUUUAGUGAUUAAAUUCCAAAGUUACUCUUAACAUUUAUCCCUAGCCCUGCCCCCUAAGAUCCAGUGAAUGAACCCUCUUUUUUUAUUUUCUUUUGUAUAUAUAAUAUAUAUAUAUACAAUUCUGCAGGCAUUUUCUUAUACAGUACCACGGUUCUUUUUUCAAUAUUGUAAAUGUGUCCCGUACUUUUUAUUUUAUUUGUAUGUAUGAUGAACAUAGUUGCAACAAGAAGAAUGUUAAGCUUCUUUGCUAAUACUCAUGAUUUUAAAUAUGAACUUGAUGAUUAUUUUGUUAUACUCAUUAUAAUUUGGUAUUAUUUGAGAUCACACCAAUUUUAAGUCAGUUACCGUGACAAAUUUGCCAAUGUGAGUAAUUAUUUCAAAUAAAUUUUAAUUAUGAUUUAUGUAAGCUUCAUAUUGUAACAGUGAUUCUAUUUGCAUUAGGUGAAUGCCCUAUGACUCUGCUCGAACUGAAGUGUUUGACAUGAAUCGUAGAGACUGCCAGUGCAACAGCUGUAAAUUGUAGCUUUUUCCUAGUCAUAUCUAUUAUCCCUCCCUCCAGCCGUGGGGAGAUAGAGGCCAGUUAUUGCUUGAUUUGAUGCCCUGACUAAAAAUCUUUAAAAACUUGAAAGCUGUUUUGUCACAUUGUUCAAUUGUUAUAGUGUGGAAGGUCUCUUCAGCGAAAGAAAUCAAAAGUAUUUUAUGUCCUUUGGCAGAGAAUAGCUCUGACUGGUCUCUUUGAGAAAUACAUGCCCCAGGAGCUUCCUGUAUCGCAUUUGGCUUUACACUUUUCAGAGAUUUAUUAUUUUAUUUCAACUGAUCAAUAGCGAUUCAAAGAGGUUACAUCAGAAUCCUGGAGCCUUUUUUUCCCUCAUCUCUGCGGCAUUUUCUGCUGACAUAUUUGUAUUCUGUUCAUUCCUAACCUUAAAAAGCAGUUGUAUGUGCAAGUUCUUUGUGUUCAAGAAACAAUAAAGUUUGACAGAAAUACGGGAA